UUCUCGCACGAAGCACUCUCUAGGUCUGUGGUAUAGUCGUCGGAGAAGAAUAAUGUUUGGGGACUAUGCUGGGAUAAGCCACCUGAGUCAAACAUAUCGGACAGUGAGAUUGACAUACUCAAGGAACGCAUUUGGUAGAUGCAACCCUAAAGCUAGAUUCUUGUAAUGCGCCGUUUCAAACUCUGACGUACAUAUCUACGCGUAUCUGUCAUGGUAUCCUUGAACCAAAGCUGCUAAGUUUGCUAGCCAGGUCAGGUGAGCCUUAGGUUGAUCAUUCAUGUGAUAGCUAGUAUUUGCUAACGCAAAUAUAUGUUUUUCAUAUAUUCAACUGCUGUCCAUAGUCGUGAUACAUCUGUCGCGGUGGUUAAUCUUGUUCAAAAUCUAACGAGAGAUAGUUGUCCCAUAGGAAAGCUAGAAACAGCUAAACGCGGAGGUUAGCUGCAAAGUGAUAGUUUGUGGAAAGCUAGCUUAGGGUUAGAAACGUUAGCGAUACAUUUGCCAAUUGUGGUUUGCUGGCGCUGCCCAUCUCAUAACAUAAUUUUGUGAGGCCAAUUUCCUGAAUUUAGAGAUCUAGGCAGGCCCUGGCAAAAACAUUUGAUUACAGCCUUGGUAUAUUAGUCUAACCUUAACUCAUUUUAUUGUGUUGGAACUUUCAGCGAUGAUUAGCCUCGAAUUAACCUAGUUAACAGUUAGCUAGCUAGCUCGCUCGCUAGCUUAAUAUUAGUUAUCCAGCUGUCUGGUCCACGCAGCUGACUGUCUGACUGAACGUGUUGACAAGUAAAGUUUUUCCGCGCAGUUGGCGCGGAAACUUAUUUACAUUGACAGACGAACUUGUUUGGAGCUCCAAGGAUCUAAACUCUGUAAGACUGUGAGGAUUUGGACAUUAUUUAUUCCCCACACGCUUUAAGUUGCAAUGCCACUGAUGUUUUUGGAGAGAUUGCCAUGGCCCAGUUUGCAAACCUACAUAGCGCUCAGCGUAGUCCUGUUGACAGGAAGUAUCUACAGCGCUUACAGCACCCUGACAGAUUUUAGGCUGAAGUCGUCAUCUUUGGAUGAAGCCCCUGGCUCUGUUGACACUCUCCAGCACCCUGAUCAAGAUGUGGACAGUGAAGUUAUGUUGUCCACAGUCCUGUGGUACCUUGUUAAUGACAGUGUUUAUGUUUGGGUGCUUGUCAACACCGCUUGUUGCACUCUUAUGGUCAUUGCCAAAAUGAUCCAAUGGAUGAUUUUUGGAGCCCUCAGAGUCAGUGAAAAGCAGCACUUGAAAGACAAGUUUUGGAACUUCAUCUUCUACAAGUUCAUCUUUAUUUUUGGAGUCCUGAACGUGCAGACCGUGGAAGAGGUGGUCAUGUGGUGCCUCUGGUUCGCUGCUCUCAUCUUCCUCCACCUCAUGGUUCAGUUAUGCAAGGACCGCUUUGAAUAUCUCUCCUUCUCCCCGACCACCCCUCUGAGCAGUCACAUGCGGGUGAUGUCCCUGCUGACGGGUCUGCUCCUCUCCUGCUGUGGCCUAGGAGUGCUGUGUGGCCUGUGGGGGCCGGCCCAUGGCAUGCACACGCUGGCCUUCAUGGCUGCUGAGUGUAUGUUGGUGACCGUGCGCACUGGCCAUGUCAUUAUGCGCUACUCCAUUCACCUGUGGGAUCUGAACCACGAGGGCACCUGGGAGGGCAAAGGUAGCCACAUCUACUACACUGACUUUGUUAUGGAGAUGGUCAUGCUGUCGUUGGACCUAAUGCAUCACAUCCACAUGUUGCUCUUUGGGAACAUCUGGUUGUCCAUGGCCAGCCUGGUGAUCUUCAUGCAGCUGCGCUACUUGUUCCACGAGGUGCAGCGUCGCCUGCGUCGCCACAAGAACUACCUCCGCGUCAUCGACAACAUGGAGGCCAGAUUUGCAGUGGCCACUGCAGAGGAGUUAGAAGCCAACAACGAUGACUGUGCUAUCUGCUGGGAUACCAUGCAUACUGCACGCAAGCUGCCCUGUGGGCACCUCUUCCACAACUCCUGUUUGCGCUCCUGGCUGGAGCAGGACACUUCGUGCCCGACCUGCCGGCUGCCCCUGAACAUCAGCGGCGAGGGGGGCCAUGCCCGGGAUCCCCCACAGAGGGGGACCCUGGAGGGCAACCUGGCCCCUGGGGGCCCCGCCGCAGACGCUCGACCCCACAUCAACCAGCACAAUCACUUUUUCCACUUUGAUGGAUCUCGCAUUGCCAGCUGGCUGCCCAGCUUCUCAGUGGAAGUCAUGCACACCACCAACAUGCUGAGUAUUGCACAGGCUAACAACUCCCAGCUCAAUGCUAUGGCCCAUCAGAUCCAGGAGAUGUUCCCUCAGGUGCCUUACAACCUCCUGCUCCAGGACCUGCAGCUCACACGCUCAGUGGAGGUCACCACCGAUAACAUCCUGGAGGGACGCAUCCAGGUGCCCUUCCCUACUCAGACGGUGGAGCGGGUCCCUCUCCAGAUGGGCGCGCCCCCUGAGGAUCUGGCGGCGGGGAGCAGCGCCUCGGGCGGGGACGCCGCGUCUGCGGAGCCAGAGAGUGUGGAGGUGCGGGGCAGCCGCUUCUCCAAGUCGGCUGAGGAGCGCCAGAAGAUGCUUCUGCAGAGGAAGGAGGAACUACUCCAGCAAGCGCGCAGGAGGUUCAUGAAUAGAAGCCCAGGAGAGGAAGAGGAGUAUGAAGACGAGGAUGAGGACGAAGAUCUGCCGUCUCUGGAGGAAGCUGAGCCCAGCUCAAACCCAGCACUGAGGAAGCGACACACUUUGGCAGCCGCCGCCGAGCGCCGCAUGCACAGGCAGCCAUACCCUACGGAGUGAGCCAGGACACUGAGGACCCUUGAGCAACACACACACACACACACACACACACACACACACACAGAUACACUCACCAGUAAACAAAGCAGAACCAGUUCAAGCAGCCUGCGCUCUCUCUCACACACAGCCUUCUCUUAAAACAGUAGUUAAAAGUACCUACAGAGAACCAGACGAGACAAAGCGGAGAACUGCUGCUUCGAGGGUUGCCUUAGCCAGAUCUGAUCGGUCGGAGGAGUCUGUCUUCCUACUCCAGAUAGCUACUAGGAGCUUUCUUGAAGAGCGUUGGCAUGGCGUUGAAGCUUUCAGUGUUGCAAAGGACGAUAGACGAUGGCUGGUGGUAGCAUGCAAGUUUGAGAUGGCUGCUGCAUGGUGUGUGUUCAGAAAUUGUGUUGCAGAGUCACGACAAGCAACAGAGUUGGUUGCUACUCUUUUUUUUCUCUUAUUUUUGUCGGGUCCGAAGAAGACGUUUAUAGCUGUGGUUUAACCUGGGAUGUCAGUGUUGUUUGUGUAAGGGAUACUCAUGUUGCAUCUCUCUUUCUCUCUCUCUCUAUCUCUCUCUCUCUCUCUCUCUUUUUUUUUCUUUCUUUCUUUCUCUCUCUCUCUCUCUCUUCUAUCUUUUCCUUUUAUUGCUCUUGAGCCAGAAUCUACCACCGGAGUGUUCUAAUUGGAUCUAGCAGUCGAGCGGAGACAAACUGUACAACAUAGAUAGACUUUGCUCCCACAUCACCCUUAUUACUACUGCUUAAGGCUACAUAUCAGACAUCCAUAUCAUUGUCUUCCUGAUGAGACACUGUCAGUUUGUCAUUUUAUCCAGCAUCAUUGUUGAUUACAGCAUGGAACUUUUGCCUAUGUGUUACUAACCCACGCCCCCAUUUUAUUUUUCUAAUGUAGGUGGAUGGCAACAUUGUUAUUCUAUUCCACACAAUCUGCCCAACUUUAAAAAAAACAAUACUUACUUUUUAAAGUUAGCCUUUUGUUAGUAUCAAAGACUGCUAAGGACAUUUUUACCUUUUAAAUGAUCAAUAUAUUCAGAAUGUAUGGGUUACUUUCCUACAGUCUUAAAGGGACACAUAUCCCCUGUUGCACAUGGUGUUUAAACAAAAGCAGAAAAGGCUGUGAUGUAAAACAUUGACACACAGAUAAGAAGUUGUUUUUUUUGUCUACUGUAUGGGGGCUCAUGUAGAGGUUACAAAAAAUGUUCCUGUUUGCGUUUCUUUGCCUACUUGAGUGAGGUGGGCUAAUAUCUCCCAUUAACAGUAACCGUUUACAUUUAGCUAACAAGAGACCGGAGAGGUGCUGUUGCAGUGCCUGGCCAUAAAGCUACCAUUGUUAUUUCAUAUCUGUCGAGUAACACUCCGGCGAAGGUAUUACAUUUGAUUUUCUUUAUGUCCUUGACCACCAGCAGAGAGAAACUAACAUGCCCUGUAAUGCCACCAUGUGAGAUGUGCAAUGGGAGAUUUUAUUUUAUUUUAGGUUGCUGGACAUUCAUCUGUUUGCCCUAUGCAAAAAAAAAAAUUGUCAAGUAUAUUUUAUUUCUGAAGUCUAUUUUGUUUCUUAAUAUUUUUCCCCAACAUUGUAGAUGAUGGUCUGAAAUGUUUUCUCAAUGAGAGAUUGGCUGUAGGGCCUACUGAUAGAGCUUUAUUAAAUUAUUGUGCCUAAAUUGGAGAGUAGUGUCAGUGCUGAAUGAAUUAGUUUUUAUAUGUAUUAUAAUUGUACCAUUAUGAAUAUAUCUGCUAAUUAAAGUUUUUAAAUUGA